UGGGGCGCAUGCGUGGUUUGUAGUGUUUGCUGCUGCCCGGCCUAGUCAGGCGGCGGGGUGAGCCUGCACGUGGGGCUCCCGGGGCGGAGGUGGCGGCUGUUGUAAUGACGCUGGGUGACAUUGGGACGGACGCUGGAGUUUAAGGAUGUGGGCCCCAAUGGCGGGGCUCUCUCCGCGGCUGACGCUGGCAGCCUUUCCCGGUGCUGCCCGCCUUUGCCUUUGGAGGGCCGGAGCGGCGAGGUGGAAGGGCGUCCCGGCGAGGAACCGCCGUGGUUUGUCCGACUUUCGGCCGAAGCUGGCGCCCAGUGAGGGUUUCAAAGUGCUGCCCCCCGGGGUGUCCAAGAGCCGCCUUGAGUCCAAGCGCUACAUACUCAGUCCGGACCUGGCCGAGACCAUGGUGCCGUUCCUGCUGCGGAACGACGGCUGCGACCUGAUCCUGGAGAUCAAUCCAGGUCCUGGAAUCCUGACGAGAGCACUGCUUCAAAGAGGUGCCAGAGUGAUUGCCCUUGAAAGUGACAAAACUUUCAUUCCACAUUUGGAGUCCCUAGGAAAAAAGCUGGGUGGAAAACUACAUGUGCUUCACUGUGACUUCUUUAAACUGGAUCCUAGAAGUUUUGGAGUAAUAAAACCUGUUGUGAAUUCAAAGUUGCUUUUUCAAAAAUUUGGAAUAGAAACACUUCCUUGGUCAAAAGGUAUCCCUUUGAAAGUCGUUGGAAUCUUCCCAACUAAAAAUGAGAAAAAGAUGAUUUGGAAAGUUUUACAUGACAUAUAUUCCUGUACUUCUAUAUAUAGAUAUGGACGAGUAGAACUAAAUUUUUUUUUUAAUGAACUGGAAUCCCAGAGGAUGAUGGCAAACCCCCUGAACCCUAACCUGUACUACGCAUUAAGUGUGCUCUGGCAAGUAGCUUAUGAUGUGAAGCUUCUGCAUACGGAACCGUGGUCGUCAUUUGACAUGUGCAGUCAAAGUGGGCAGCGGGAAAAGCCAGAGAGUAAGGAAUCAUUAGAACAGCAAACACAACAAAACCUGUGUCUCAUUCAGUUGACUCCUCAUAAAGAUUUAUUUUCACAACAUUUAACAUCUGUUAACUAUGAUGUAUUUUUUCACAUGACAAAGCAGUGUUUUUUGAAGCGCCAUGGCAAGCUAAUCGACCACUUAACUUCAUUGAGUCCAAUUGAUGCAAUGGACAUAUUGAAGAAAAUAAGACAAGAUAAAACAAUAAAAAUAAUAGACAUGUAUCCUUCAGACUUUAAAUGCCUUUUUGAAACUAUAGAAUGUUCCAAAGAUCACACCUGUAAGUGGCUAUAUGAUGACUUCAUGGAAGAUGUAAUCGUAUAGGAAACCGAUUGGCUACUGCCAAGACAGUAGCUGGAACCGUUUAUUUUAUUUGGAGAUUAUAAAACAGUUGAAAAAGAACUAAGUUUUUAAAGCUCACAGUGUUUCAACAGAAGGUAACUAUUCUUGUUUUUCACAAACAAAGCAGAUAGUUUCUUCUGAAGUUGAUAUCAUUAGUGGAUAAAACAAUGGCUGCUAUUUUAUUUACAACUGAAUAAAAUGAAAACUUCACUUAAUUGUGGAUUUAAUCAGCUUAGAAUUGUUUGUUUUAAAUUCCUAUCUACUGUCAACAUACUGGUAGUUGUAUGGAAUUGCCAGAUGAAAUUUACUUGUAAAAAUCCUUUUAGCUAAAUACUUACGUUGCAUUACUUUAAAUAUUCCACUUUCACUGUUGGUUUUUGCAUCCUCCGGGGGCAGUGUUCAUUUUUAAAAUUAGAAAGUAAAUUAAACUGAUUUAAGUAGUUUGUUUUACUUUUCAGUUUGUUGAAAGGAUUAACAAAUACUACUGUGCAAUUACAUUUUAAAAUGGCUUACUCUUUUUAGAAAUUAAAAUAUUUUUUAAAAGA